ACGCGUGCUCCCCGCUCUGCCCCGCCUGCAGCCGCUUUCCACGGCCCGGCGCCCGCCCGCGCCGUGGUUCGAGGACCUCCAGGCUGCCGCCGGGACGGCUCCGGGCUGGCGGCGGGGCCGCCCCGAGCGGCAACUUUCGGCCCCGGGCCUCAGCCGCCCGGUCGCUCACGGAAGCUAGGGGAGAUGCUGGUGGCAGCGGAGCUGAGGGGCCGGCGGGCCCCCACUUUUGCCGCGACCGCCACGACCUCCUCGUCCACCUGAAGCGCCUGACGAAGGGCAACAAGGCGAAGAUGGCAGCGGGCCUGGAUGUGACCAGCCGCCCACCCAACCGCUUCCAGCGCUUGCUUGGCACGCCACUGAACGGGCAGCCGCUGCCUCCGCCCUCGACGCUCAGCAAUGCCAACAGGCCUGGACUGCUGACUGUAGGACAGUUUCAUCAACUUUACGGUCAAGGUGUUUUCCCUCCUUACUCCUACACGGCAACCUCGUGCCGAGCCCCCAGCACUUCACCGGCACAAAGAUUAGGUCCGACUCCAGUCCCUUCCACUUGGAUCCAGCAGGGACCACUUGGGUUGCUGCCAGGGCAAGGGGCUUCCCCAGCUUUUCCAGAUAAAGGGGCUGCCUUUCCGGUACUCCAGACGCUUCCAACGGGAGCCACGUACACACUCCAGCCUGUGGCUUCUCUUCUGCCACUUCAGCAAGGGACUCAAAGCGUUGCCGCAUCCAUUGCAAAUUGUAGCAGCUCUGCAUCUUCAGUGCCGUACUCACAAACCUGCUAUCCAACAGAAUCCUCCAAUGCAGUCAUCUUAUGAAGCUGAACUGAUGCCAUCUGACUGGCUAUGUAAUAUAUCUGAAGAAAACAAGAAGGCAGAAGUCGGUCUUGAAGCCAUGUUUCAGGUUGCCGAUGAGGUGCAUUCAUCAUGCAAAGCUGAAAAGUGGAAGUGGCACCUGUAGAGAGCCAGAGUUCAAUCCUGGAGCUUAAUGGAAAUCAGGCACUGCCUGUUAAUAGUUACACACCUUCUUCAACUGAGGAAAGCCAGCUGGAACGUCUCACUCCUGUAACUUCAGACACGUCAUUUCUGGUGGCAGCAGAUCGAACACUGGAUUUGUCUCCAUUACAGCCUUCUGACAUUCUUUGUGCUGCCGAUCCCACUCUGUCUAUAGAAACUGCUGCUGCUGCUAAAAUACUACAAGAACUUCUGACCACACAGGAAGCAGAUGAAGAACGGAGCAAAGAACCACAUCACCACGCAGCUGAGUUCUCCCUCAUGAUUUUUCAGGAAGAAUUGUUCAGUCCAGAGCAGGAGAAUACUAGUGUUAAAAGUGAAUCCAGGACAGCGGAGACAGAAGAGAGACAAUUCACUUCAGGAGCUGAGCCUGUGAAUGAAUCUGUAGGACAGACAGAUUCAUCUGUAAAAUCUUUCUCCAGGAAAAGACGCGGUUCAGACACAGGCAACUCUCUCGGUAAGAAAGAUUCUAUAUUUUCUCAGAGAUUACGGCGACAGCUACUCUGAAACUAACUAUUACAGAAAGGGGAGAGUAGAAGAAUUUAGUUGUUGUCUGCCGUGUAAGUACCUCAUUGUUCCUUCAGUUAAAAUAUUAAACUUGUACAACCUCUAGCGAGAACGGCUCCCACCAGGGCAGCGUGCCCCCUGGGCUUUGCCGGGGAUGUGCAAGAAGAGUUCAUUGCAUGUGACAAACUGACAGGGGGCAGGAGGCGAUGAAGAGGUCCACCAGGCAGCUCGCUUUCCAAAUGCAGACGUUCAUCUCCCCGCCGAGCUCUGCCCAUGGCCAACCCCACGGAUCCCACACAAUUCAGCCACCCGCCCCAUCUCCCUGAGGGGAGCAGGUUUGCAGGUGCUUGCCUGACCUGCAGCUGCUCCAUCUGCCUCUCCAAGGCCGCCACUUUCAUCUUCCAGCUCUUCCUCAGCUGCUCCUCUUGCCGCAGCACCUCUGACUUCUCAGACAGCUCGUUCAUCAGCUUGCCGCACCACUCCUGUAACCUGGCCACCUCAGCGUUUUGCCUGCACCAACAGAAGCAGCGUUAUUCCAGCCCGCAGGCCAGUCAAGCAUCCCUGGCGUUACCCGGGGGGAACACAUCCUCCUGGUGGGCCUGGUAACAGGGCUUGAAACAUCUCAACGGUUGUGUUGGCCUGUUUCUCGGACACGCCUGGUCCUUCAGGGAUGGGGUGGAAGGAGCCGAUACAUCAAUUUCAAAAGCUCCG